AUGCCCAAUGCCCUGACAUUGUUCAAAGCGAAUACCGUUAUCUCAGACGCUUGGUUACAAGCUUUCGACGCUCGCACCGUUGCCGUGCAGGGCAAUCUGGUUAUCACGACUCCCAAUAUGCAUUUCGUGCCGGAAUUCCAUCACUUCGAGCCAGAAAUUUUACAAGCCCGUGCAGAUGGUCGCUUUGGCGUGAUCGACUGCUUCCAAUGGCCUCAGGCUUACGACGAUACCUUUUGCCAUGCCACUUGCAUACCUCGAAAGGAGGCAUUUCCAUAUCCUCACCCGCUUCAUUGGGCUUGGUUCACCCCUACCCGGGAUGACCUUCAGCCCAUUCCCGGGAAUUCGUUUCCUGUGGGCACACUGGCAUCAGAUAAAGUCGACGGCUUGCAAUCCCUCUUCAAACUGGCGGAACAACGACUCCGCGAUUAUCGAAAGGUUCAUCCAGACAGAGGCCAAGUCAUAUACGGCCGCCUGAUGUCCCUCCGACACGCUGUCGCACGCUUAAAGUCCCACCCCCUCACUUUCCGUGAUCUUCUCAUUUUCGUCACCGAUGCUCAGCGUCUCUUUCUCGAUAUAUACUCUUACCUCGACUGGGGACUUGAAGCUCAACCUCUCACAACUUCAGGCUUUCGUCAUAAUGUUCGGGGCGAAUGGAUGGGUGCUUUCGUGCAGAGUAGCGACGUCUGCGAGAAAUUAUUCUGCGCCGGCGUCCCCGUUUGGUAUGUUCGUUCAAGCGCGUACAUUCCCCCGAGCAUGACGAUUGUCGAACCUGUCUUACUUACCCGUCCUGAUCACAUAAUAAUUGGCAUGUACGCGGAGGGCAGGAAAGUUCGCCCAUUCGAAGUCAUACACCGUGGUCCCGGUGGUCGUGAUCGCCAUGUGCACAUUCGCCGCCUAUACGCAGGCACAACACAUCUAGACCCCGAGGCAGCCAUCCCUCAACCAUCGUCCAGCUCGAAUCCCGGUCCUAAAGUAUCUAGUCUUGGCAAGGCGCCAUCUCGACAGAAGAGUAAGCCAAAACACCAACCAUACUCCAUUGAAGCUCGCCCUGCACGUCCUGCUCAGUCAGGCGAAUCCAGGAACAAGUGGCAAGACCCUGACACUCCUUACCUUCCGCCGCCGAACCUCCAUUGGGAAGCUGCGAUGAAAAUUGCAAUCAAGGACCAGUCUCGCAUUCACACGCCCUACGUUAUUGAUCGGGGGUAUAGAUUCCCUGAGCCUGCUCUUCUUAUCGGCCCCAAACUGGCUGAACGUCUGCAAGUAUACCUUGCCAAUUGGCUUGCAUGUCGUGCGCUGUGGGUAGGCCGAGUCGACCACGAUCCUCCACGCACUUAUCCCACUCCUCAACUAUGGCGCGACUUCCUUGGUAGUGUGCCUUCUGCCAACCCACAAUCUCAUAGGGAGAAAGAUCCUGACAGAAGGGGUCUUACAGCUACCGAGAAGCGGAAGCAGGUGAUGCAGGAGUUGUUUGGCGAUGAUGUGCUAGAAUCUCAGGGCGAUGUAUUUUCCCCAGAUGGAGUUGUGGAAUUUCGGGGUGAACAAUUUUCUGUCGCCAGUCUUACUAAUCCUUCCGCACUUCUAGCUCAGAAGGUCACAUGGGAGCUGUUUGAACUCGGCUUUCGAUACGAGUUGAGGGAUCUUGACCGUCACUUGGCACGGAGAGAAUGGAAAGAUGAUCCAGCUGGUCGCGAGCAACUCCUCCAUGGCAUCUUCCCGGGCGACGCUGGUCUAGUGAUGUGGUCAGAGCCGUUUCCGUCGGAACACUACGGGUUGUGGGAUAACACCCUGCAGGGCUGUCUUCCUUACGUGGAGAAUUUUCGCCUACUGCUUUGCGAUUGGGAUGGCGUGCCGCCUCUUCUUACGACCCCGCUGACAUCAGACAACUUCACAGAUACAAAAUCUUGGGAAGUCAAGCGUGUGGCGACGGCAUUUAUGUGCAGACAUUUUUUGAUCAUUUCGGCAGGCCCCCAAUCAUACCCCAUUCGCUUCCCAUGCAAUCAUGAUUCCAUAUAG